UCUUUUUAUGUAACAGAGUGGCCACUCUGUUCUUCUCUCCCAAUUUCAUGCAGAUCUUAAGCUCAAUCUGAGCAAAUAUAUAAUCACGAAAUGGAGUCUCUGUUCUUGUCUGGAUCUAUUACCAAGCUCAGUAGCUUUGCCACUCUGCUUCUCAUUUUGCUCUCUUGCUCAAGUUUCACUUCUACAGAAGCUUAUGAUGCUCUUGAUCCAAACGGGAAUAUCACAAUCAAAUGGGAUGUAAUGAGCUGGACUCCGGAUGGUUAUGUUGCGACUGUUACAAUGUUCAACUUCCAGCAAUACAGGCAUAUACAAGCACCGGGUUGGACGUUGGGCUGGACAUGGGCGGAAAAGGAGAUUAUUUGGAGCAUGGUGGGAGCCCAAACCACAGAGCAAGGGGACUGCCCAAAAUUCAAAGGGAACAUCCCUCACAGCUGCAAGAAGGAUCCAACCGUAGUCGAUUUAUUACCAGGAACUCCUUACAACCAGCAAAUUGGAAACUGCUGUAAAGGCGGAGUUAUAAGUUCUUGGGCACAGGAUCCUGCCACUGCAGCGAGCGCAUUUCAGGUCAGCGUGGGUGCUGCCGGCACUACAAAUAAAACUGUAAGGUUGCCAAGGAACUUCACUUUGAAAGCACCUGGACCUGGAUAUACUUGUGGGCCUGCAAAGAUUGUUAGACCAACAAGAUUUGUAACCCCAGACAAAAGGAGAGUGACUCAAGCUCUGAUGACCUGGAAUGUUAUUUGCACAUAUUCACAAUUCCUUGCUCAGAAGACGCCCACCUGUUGUGUUUCACUCUCCUCCUUUUAUAAUGACACUAUAGUAAACUGCCCGACUUGCGCUUGUGGUUGUCGGAACAACGUAACACAUCCUGGGAGCUGUGUGAAUCCCGACUCGCCAUAUUCAGCUUCCGCUGUUUCAGGAUCAGCAAAUAGAAACGAUCCUUUGGUUAAAUGUACCAGCCACAUGUGUCCAAUCAAAGUCCAUUGGCAUGUUAAGCUGAAUUACAAAAAUUACUGGCGGGUUAAGCUUUCGAUCACGAAUUUCAACUACAGAAUGAACUACUCGCAGUGGAAUAUAGUUGUGCAACAUCCCAACUUUGAUAAUCUCAGCCAGCUUUUCGGUUUCAAUUACAAGUCAUUAACUCCUUACAAAGGCUUAAAUGACACUGCCAUGUUAUGGGGAGUCAAAUCCUACAAUGACGUGCUAAAAGCUGGCCCUCGCGGAAAUGUGCAAGCAGAAUUGCUUUUCCGAAAGGACGAAUCGACUUUUACUUUUGGAAAGGGGUGGGCGUUCCCUCGGAGGAUUUAUUUUAACGGAGAUUAUUGUGUCAUGCCACCUUCCAAUUCUUACCCUUGGUUGCCAAAUUUCAGUUCUUGACAAGCUUUUUCUCUCUUCUUUAUUCCAUCGUGACAGCCUUGGCAUCCAUGGCACUUGCAUUGGCUUAUAUUUGAUGAAUUUGUCUGAGGUCAACUGAAGUUGUGCCUUGUUAAAACAUCCUAGAGAUCCUACAUUAUAGUGUUGCUGCACCAAAGCUUAUGGCUGUUGAGAGUGAAACAAAAAGCCCGGAUUUUAUAUAUACAUUAACUAUUUUAUUUUAUGAAUAAAAUGUUAUGGCAA